AUGGGCCAAGGAUUCUCUCUCACAACGCUUUCGGCUGGCUCGGCUGGGAUUGAUGUGCCUCAGCUGGCCGAUAUUCAAUAUGAAAAGAGUCUCGGAGCAGCUCGUUUCAUGAAAACGGUCCGAGCGCGACAUAAGGAUGGGCUGGUAGUUGCUCGAGUAGUUGCUAAACCGUAUGCCCAGCUGAAUCUGGAUAUCUAUGUUAAACGUCUUCUAAGGGAACGGGCGGCGCUUGCUGAUGUUCCUAAUGCCUUGGCCUACCAUCGCAUCCUAGAAGAUGAAAUCGGUGGGUAUCUCGUCCGUCAGUAUAUUCACAGUUCCCUAUAUGAUCGUCUAAGCACGCGACCGUUUCUUGAAGAGAUUGAGAAGAAAUGGCUUUCAUUCCAGUUGUUAAGCGCUGUCCGGGAUUGUCAUUCUCGAAACAUCUAUCAUGGAGAUAUCAAGACGGAGAACGUCCUGGUCACCUCCUGGAACUGGCUCUAUCUCACAGACUUCUCCUCUGCGUAUAAGCCAGCAUACCUCCCCGAAGAUAACCCCGCCGAUUUCUCCUUCUAUUUCGACAUGUCAGGCCGCCGAACUUGUUAUCUGGCCCCUGAACGGUUCCUACCUCCUGGCGAACAACCCGAAGGUGAAGGCGUGAUUACUUGGGCCAUGGACAUAUUCAGCGUUGGGUGCGUCAUUGCUGAACUAUUUCUCGAGUCACCUAUAUUUUCCCUCAGCCAGCUCUUCAAAUACCGGCAACACGAGUACGACCCAGCACGGCUACAGAUUAGUAAAAUAAACGAUCCUCACGUCCGAGAACUGGUCACGCAUAUGAUCCAGCUCGACCCAAAUAUGCGCUUGUCUGCCGACGAUUACCUUAAAUACUGGCAAGACAAGGUUUUUCCGAGCUACUUCUACGGAUUCCUUCAGCAGUACAUGCAUUCCAUCACAGAUCCGACUUCCGGAAGGAAACCAGUAACGACCGCCAAUGAACACCUUGGGGAGCCUGAUGAAAGAAUCGAACAGAUCUACAAUGAUUUCGAUAAGAUAUCUGUUCUUCUGGCUGGGAACGAUGGACAAGAACACACCAAACCCAGCCACUCACCCCCAAAACCGAAUGAUAGGCUCUUUCCACUGACAGUCGAUAUUCCAAAUUACCAACAUCAAGCGUCUGCGACGCCAAGUCUCUCCGUCGAUGAUGGCAAUUUAAUAUUCUUGACAAUAGUUGUCUCCUGCAUUCGAGGUACAGCUAGAGCAUCCGCCCGGCUCAGGGGCCUUGAGCUACUAUUAGCCUUCGCCGAAAGACUUACAGACGAGGCCAAACUUGAUCGUGUCAUACCUUACGUAACGAAUCUCUUGACGGACAAAUCUGAGCUGGUUAAGAUAGGGGCGUUGCGAACCUUGACACAGAUUCUUGCCAUGGUGCAAGUCGUUUCUCCUGUGAACGCAUACAUUUUCCCUGUGUAUAUUCUUCAACGCCUCGAGCCCUAUCUUCCGGACUCCUCACUGGAACGACCGAGCUCUCUAGUCCGAAUGCAUUAUGCCUGGUGUAUUGGCACCUUGGCCACGACUGCAGCAAGAUACAUGGACAUGAUCCAGGCCCUUCGGGCAGAAGGAUCCCUUCCAACAACAGGCGCGGGCGGUGAAGACGAGUUGACAUCCUCACUUCGCCGGAACCAGUUCGAUCUGGAUCGGUACAAUCUAUUGGACGCCUUUGAGAAGCACAGCACAGCGCUUCUCACCGACCCCGAGCCGUCCGUCCGUCGCGCCAUUCUCAAAUCCGUGUCUGACCUUUGCGUCUUCUUUGGGAGUCCCAGGGCCAACGAUGUCGUUCUCAGUCAUCUCAACACAUAUCUCAACGAUCCCGACUGGCUACUUAAGUGCGCUUUCUUCGAUUCGAUCGUGGGUGUUGCGGUUUUUAUAGGCGGUGCUGGGCUCGAGGGCUAUAUCUUGCCGCUGAUGGUUCAGGCCCUAACCGAUCCCGAAGAGUUCGUUGUCGAAAAGGUGAUCAGAGCUUUUUCCUCCAUGGCCGAACUCGGACUAUUCCAACGAUCUAAAACGUGGGAAUUGGUCGAUAUCGUUGCCCGGCUCACCAUGCAUCCCAACGUGUGGAUACGAGAGGCUGCUGCCCAGUUCAUUUCCACCGCUUCGAAAUAUCUCUCCAUUGCAGAUACCCAUAGCAUCCUUGUGAAUCUCAUCAAGCCGUAUCUGAAGAUAGUUCCCUCUGACUUCAGUACACUACGCCUCCUAGAUUCCUUAAGGAAGCCUUUACCUAGACUAGUCAUGGAUAUGGCCUCCAACUGGGCGACACAAUCACAAAAGGGCUUAUUCUGGGUUCCUGCAAAGCAACAACAGACCUUUACAUUCAGCUCUGCGGAUGACACUCUUCCAACAAUCUCUGGGCGCGAAGCAGAUCCCAAGAUCCUUCAAAAGAUUCCAAAAAAUGACGAAGAUGAACAGUGGUUACGCAAGUUACGAAAUGCUGGCAUGUCGUCCGACGAUGAGUUCAAACUCGUAGCUUUGCGAGAAUUCAUCUGGCGAAGCACCCAUCGUCGACGUGGAGAUGACAGUAAUGCCGCCUCUUCGAAGUUCAAAAACAUUGUAUCGCUGAAGGACCUGAACAUCGUACCAGAAAUUGUCCUUUUCGAGCCGAAUGCUGCACGGCAAUUAGUCGAUGAUGGGCAGAGACCAAACAACGAAGGUGAACCCUACAACCAACCUCGCACUAUAAGAGAUGCGCUACUCGAUGCUUCUACCACCGAUAACGACGCACCUGUUAUGUCCCCAGUUCACACCCCUGAUACCCAAGCAGACAGAUUGGUCCGCGCAGAAGCGGGUACUCACAGACUCAACCUUCCAGCACGUCCAAAGCCUUUGUCCCCAAGCGAGCUCCACGUUGGUUUGGACUCGCCCUCAUCCGAUGUUGAUAACAGAAGGAGCUCUCUACAGAUUCCGCGAGAUUCUCCCAGCACACAGUCGCCGAUCGGCUCUCUUGGAGCGGGUGAUCAUUUGCAUCCUUUGCGACACAGGAACAGUGCACUGAGUCUCUUGAACAGAGGAGAAGGCAAGGCUAUAGCUGAAACAGGAACAACAUCUACCAAUGCUUUUGGCCGUGUGGACGGUCUUACUGGUCGCGAGAUCUCUCGCUCACGACCAUCUACAUCCUUCCCCACUUCAGAGAAUCGCCAACCGAGUCCUUCUCAGGCCAGGUUCAGGGAUGCACAUAAUUAUCGAGGCAAUGACCCUGCCGUGCUGAAGCUCUUGGACUCUAUGAUGCUCGAGAGAUUACCAUCCGACGAACUCGAAUUCGGUCCUCGGGUCCAGCCCAAUCUGCGCAAACAACCUAUAAAGCACAAAGACAGCAAUGUCACUCCAGCAGGUGUUCCUUGGCGACCUGAAGGUAUGCUUGUGGCUACAUUCAGCGAACACACUGCGGCGGUGAAUCGGGUUCUUGUCGCGCCAGACCAGAGCUUUUUCAUAACUGGAUCAGAUGAUGGGACUGUCAAAGUGUGGGAUACAUCACGUCUCGAGCGCAAUGUAAGCCGAAGAUCUCGCCAGACAUAUAAACUUAGCAACCAGGCCAAGGUGACCAGUCUUGUUUUUGUUGAGCAAACGUAUUGCUUCGUUGUUACCGGCAGUGAUGGAAGUAUACACGUGAUACGUGUCAAUUAUUACCCAGGCAAUGAUGGCGGAAAUCGAUUUGGAAAACUCUCGUCGCUUCGUGAACAUCAACUUGACGAGGGGGAAUUCGCAGUCUGGUCUGAACAUUACAGAGAAGAGAAUAAGUCUGUUCUACUUCUAGCAACAAACACCUCACGGGUUGUUGCGUUGGAUCUACUCUCCAUGACCGAGCUAUUCACUCUACAGAACCCUGUUGAGCACGGGACGCCAACGUGUUUCUGUGUCGACCGGAAACAUCAGUGGAUACUGCUUGGUACCUCACAUGGCGUUCUUGACAUGUGGGAUCUGAGAUUUAGACUGCGACUGAAGGCAUGGACUUUCCAGGGCGCUUCACCAAUUCAUCGGCUCACACUCCCGAGGGUAAAAAAAGCGCGUCUUUAUAUCGCCGGAGGAACAGGCCAGGGCGAAGUUACUGUCUGGGACUUCGAAAAGCUUACGUGUAAAGAGGUAUAUCGGACUGGUAACAGUAAAGACAUUGGAUCGAGGAGUACCACAUUAAUCGACCUUGACGAGGAAAAGCCUGGGGGUAUGCUAGGGCGUUUCGCAACGAACCUGGAGCCCACGGCCAACUCGAUAGCUGAUCGUGGAAUCCGCUCCUUGGCCGUGAAUUCGCAAGCCAUUGAUGACAAAGGUGACCCCAAACACACGUUCAUCCUCACUGUUGGUCCAGACUGGAAAGUUAGAUACUGGGAUACCAGUCGUCCAGAAGCGUCGCUCGUAGUAAGUGGCCUAGAUGCCGACGAACUAAAACCUCAGUAUGGCAACAGCCAGCUCAGUCCAGACACGCUAGUGGUCACUGAGCGGCUGUCUCAGCCUCAGCCUUCCGUGGCCACGGGAAGAGAGAGCAGAAGCUCCAACACCUCAGCUAAGCGAACCGCGCCUAAAAGCUCUCGCUCCGGCCUGAUUAGCUUGCAGCAGCAUAAUCUUCUCCGAAGCCAUAUGGACACAGUGCUCGAUGUGGCGAUGAUAGAACAACCUUAUGGGAUGGUGAUCUCGGUUGACCGGAGCGGGAUCAUUUAUCUUUUCAUGUAG